CUGGGGGGCGGAACCGCCGGGCACUUCCGGGCCGGGGCUGCCGGGAGCGGAUGGACCCGCCCGCCGCGCUGCGCCCCAGCCCCCCCCGGGGCCCGCCAUGGACCCGCCCGCGACUCUGGGCGACCUGCUCCUGGCGCUCUACGAGAUGGGAUUCACCGAGGGGCAGGCGCGCGCGGCCGUCCAGGCCGGCUCCCUCAGCCUGCAGGAGGCCACCGAAUGGUUACUUCAGGAGAGGGGGCAGCGGCUCCAGACAGCGCCCCCCAAAGAGCCAGGAGGAGCAAUUGCAGCUUUCAACCUUCCCAAGCUCCAGGCGGUGCCUUUGGGGUCAGAGGCUCCCCGCGCUGAGCACAGCUUGCCAGGUGCAUGCCCCCCUACCCCGCGUGGCUCCUCUCCCUGGCAGGCGACUGGGGGAGCGGCUCCAUCACUCUCUCUCUCUGCGCCCCCAGGGCCCAGCUCGUCUCGGUGGCCUGGGACCGAGGCUGGGCACAGCUGCAGGAUGAAGGGAAGCCGAAAGGAGUUGGAAGAGCAGCGGCGGGAGCAGCUGGCUCGGGAGGCCAAAGCCGAGAAGCAGAACAAGCAGAAGGAGCGGGAGCUGGUGCUGCAGAGAAUCGCUGACGACCGGAGAAGCUUCCAGGCAAAGACUCAGCGGGCCCAGAAGCCAGACCCCCCGGCUGCCCAGGGCCACAGGCCGGAGGGCCCAGCCCAGGUGGCGAGUGACGGGCAGUGCCUGCUGACGAUCCGCCUGCCCUCAGGCCAGUGCUUGCGGGAGCGCUUCCCAGCCGACUGCCUUCUGCAGGACGUCACGCAGCACCUCUCGACUCUGCAUCCCGACCUGCCGCCAUUCACGCUCCUUCAGGGCUUCCCCAAGCGCCGCUUCGGCCCGGCCGAGCUGUCCUGCAGCCUGCAGGCUCUGGGCCUGACCCCCAGUGCCACCCUUUGCGUCCUGGCCACCGAGCCCCUCCCGUCAGGCACCUGCGCCCUGGCAGCCCCCCAGGCCAGAGACGGGCCCCUGCAGCCUCCUGGGCCUCAGGCCUUGCCCACGGAGGAGCACGCCUGGGGCCGGGGCGAGACCUUGGGCCUAGUGCUGGAGCAGGCCAUGGCUGAAGGGAUGUUCCCAGAGGCCGAGGAGCUGCGGCUGGCGCUGAGCUCUCCUGCGCGCAGGGUGGUGCCAGGGAAACCCGGGCUCCAUGGCCUUUGGGAGUCGACCUCCCCACCGCACCAUCGCUGGGGCCAAGGACAGCGGCUGACACUAGAGGAUCCGGAGCAAGAGCCCACAGCACCCACUGGGUGCAGCCCACUGGAUGAGGAGCUGUCCCCUCCAGGCUCAGGGCUGGCUCCUUUGCUGCUGUCUCCAAGCCGGGGCCCGGUGGAGCCGCAGCACCAGUGGCCGGCAGAGGGCAACAGGCUCAGGGCUGCAGACGAUGGGCGUGGUGUGGGCCCCUCGGACCUGCCGGGCGCCGUGGCUCAGGCAGCGGAGCAGCGCUUCCACCGUGCCUUGCGGGGCCAAGAGGAGCCGGCCACACCCACAGGGCACAGGAAACCCCCCCGCCUCUCCCACGUGCCUUCGCUCUCUAGCAUGGCCCUGCGGGCGGCCGUGGCCCUGCUGACAGCACCCCGAAAGCAGUACUGCAGCAGCCUGGCCUCCCUGACGCCCCCGCUGGCCGAGCGCCUCCUGGCCUACAUGAUCCACCACCGGCUGCUGUGCCCCAAGACCCUGGAGCUCUUCUUCGGCUGCCCCAUACAGAGCCUGGUCCUCAGCUGCUACCCCUACGCCACCAACGAGCUGCUGCGCCAGCUGCGGGCCUUUCAGAGCCUCCGGCACCUCAGCCUGGUCUCCUGCCCCCUGCUCACCGACCAGGGCCUGUCCGUGGUGAGGCACCUGCAGAGACUUCAGCACCUCAACCUGUCGGCCUGUGUCAAGCUCACCGACGCCUGCCUGCGCUUCCUGAAAGGGCUCCCGCACCUCUCGCACCUGGCUCUGGACCAGACCAAAAUCAGCGAUAGCGGCAUGGCGGAUUUCCUGCACUCAGCUCCCUCCGCACUCACCCACCUGAGCCUCAACAGGACGGGGAUCACAGAGCGCACACUGCACCUGCUGCCCCAGUACGCACCCGGCCUGGCGCUGCUCAGCCUCAAGCAGACCGAGAUCUCGGAUUUCUCUGCCCUGCAGCAGCUGAGCCGGCUGCACACGCUGCACCUGGAUGACACCCGCGUGAGCCAAGCCUCCCUGGCGGCCCUGGCCUCCCACCCUGCCCUCUCCACGCUCACCCUGUCUGGAGUGCAGUCCGUGGAUGGUGACCAGGCCCUGCAGCUGGUCUCAGGCCUGCCACUGGCCCAGCUGAGCCUGCCAUGCCGGCACACAGUCACCGACUCCGGCCUGCACUUCCUGUGCCGCCUGGAGGGGCUGCUGGAGCUGGACCUGACCGAUUUCACCCACAUCACUGACGAGGGGCUGCGCCAUCUGCCCCAGCUGCACAGGCUGCGGCGGCUCUCGCUCUGCAACACUCUGGUGACCGACUGCGGGCUGCAGCACCUGCAGGGCCUGCGGCACCUCGAGGAGCUGUGCCUGGAUCGGACCGCUGUCUCCAGCGCAGGCGUGGCCCGCUGCAUCACCCGGCUGCCCCUCCUGCAGGUGCUGGGGCUGGCGAGCACGCCCGUGGGAGACGGCGUGGUGAGGAUGGGUGUCAGCCGCUGCAAACAGCUCCUCAAGGUGAAUCUGAGCCGCACCCGCGUCACCGACCGAGGGCUGCACUUCCUCCGCCAAGUGCCCAUCGCUCAGGUGAACCUGGACGGCUCUGGGGUGACGGCGGCCGGCGUGGCCAGCCUCCUGGCUGCCUGCCCCAGCAUCGUCAGCAUCCGGGCCAGCCACCUGCAGACGCUGUCCCCCGAGCAGCUGUCGGACGAGGAGCUCCCCAGUUAGGCCCGGCGCCGCCCUCCUAUGCUCCUGCCUGUGCGGCUCGCCCGGGGGCCCCUCCCCAUCGCAGCCCCGGGGCCGGCCGGCCUGCUCUCCAGGGCUCAGCACCCCAGCCUGGUGGGGGGGGCGCGGGGCUGCCGGGCCCGGGCAGGCUCCUCCCACAGCACCGUGGGCGCGCAGCGUCCUGCCGCAGGCUGCGUGGGCCGGUUUGGGGGCGUGUUGAAUAAAGCAGUAUCCUCUG